AUGGGUUGCCGGAAGCAGCUGUUUGGAGAGAAGAGCAAUUGUAAAGGGGUUGUGACUGAAUCGUCAGCAUCGCAGACAAUGCACACAACUAAUGUGGCUGUGGCAGAUGGAAGAUCAGAACAAGAUCACGAUGGGUUACCGGCAUGCAUUUCAGAAGGUGGAACAUCAUCGUGCACACCAGGCCGUAACGAGGAUGUUGUGGCUGGCAUUUCAGAAGCCGGAACAUCAUCCAGCAGAGGCAUGUUCUCACCAAUGGCAAUAGUUACAGAAAGCGAGAACGCUACACCAGAUGCCGAAAAGAAGUACACACAUAAAGAAGACAUUGAUCCUGCCCUCAUUCCUAGGCCUGGGAUGUCAUUCAGAAACCGAAAAGAGGCCAGGGCUUUCUAUGAAGCGUACGCCGAGGAGGAGCUGCGUGUUAGGAACAAUACCACAAAGAAGACACACUGCAUGUCGAAGAUGAAGCUUAAAAGAAUUUAUGAUGAAAACAAGAAUGAAAUAUCAGUGGUGAUUGAGCAAGUGGAUCUAAUGCAUAACCAUCCAUGUCUUAAAAAGAAAGAAGAAAUAAUAAAUAUGAGAUCACACAAGGAAAAGGAUCCGGUAUUACUUGAGUUUGUUGAUGACCUCCAAGCAGCGGAUGUCCCGCAUCAUAGUAUACAGAACAUUGUUAGGGACAUGCAUGGGGGAGGUGAGAACGUGCCAAUGACCAGGCGGGAUCUUGAGAACAGGAAGGCGGCUAAUGUGAGGGCAGAACAUGCCAAUGACAUUGCGAAGCUUCUAGAAUUCUUUGAAGACUGCAAGGCGCAGAACCCACAAUUUUGUUGUCAUUUGUAA